AUGGAUCAACCCUUUGAAGCAUUUCCCAGGGCUAAGAAGGAAGAAUCUAUGGAGGAAGAACCCUCAACCAGGAAGAAGAGCAUCAAUCCCACAUCUCUGUCCUGGGGUUUCAAGACCAAAGAGGUUCGUGUUACCAAGAUCCCCAACUACUUCCAGGCCAAGAAAACAGAGAACCUCCUCAUCCUAGUGGCCUUUUCCAUCGGACUGGGCAGCAUAUGGCGCUUCCCAUACCUGUGCCACCGCAACGGAGGAGGAAGCUUUCUGCUGUUGUAUGUCCUCCUGCUGCUGCUGCUGGGGAUCCCCCUCAUGUACAUGGAGAUGAUCAUAGGGCAGUGGCUGCGGAUGGACAACAUCCGGGCCUGGAAGCAGCUGGUCCCCUGUCUUAGUGGUGUGGGCUACUCCAGCUUACUGGCUUGCAUCUUGGUGAGCUUGUACAACAGCGCCUUGAUGUCCUGGAGUCUCUUCUACCUUGGCCACUCGUUUGAUUACCGUCUAUCCUGGGAACACUGCAGCUUUGAGAAGGUCAACAAUAGGACUGACCUCGCCUGCCUUCGGACAGUGCCCUACCAGUAUUUCUGGUACAACACCGCCCUCUUCACCUCCACGGAGUUGGAAGAAGGGAUUGAGGUUCUGGUCCUUGACAUUACCCUGUGCCUCUUUGUCACAUGGAUUCUCCUCUAUGUCACCAUGAUUACCAGGAUAAGGAUUUCAGUGCUAAUGCUGAUUUUCUCCAUAUUCUUCCCCUGCGUCCUCCUCCUCUGCUUCUUCAUCCGAAGUCUCUUCCUGGAAGGCGCGAUGGCUGGCCUUAGGCGCCUGGUGGCCACAGAGCUCUCUAUCUUGGCAUCACUGGACACGUGGCGCCAGGCUGGAGGCCAUGUGCUCUACUCCCUCGGCCUUGGCAUGGGAACCAUCAUCACUUUUUCCUCCUACCAGACCAGAGGUGACAACUACAUCAAGUUGGUGUCCUUUGUGGUCAUAGUCAACCUGGUGACCUCAUUGCUGAGCACAGCCAUCAUCUUCCUCUUGAUGGGGUUCUGGGCAUCAACCAGCGGCUCUAGCUGUGUUGAGAAGAGUGUCUCCAAUCUGGUCAGCCUCAUAGCCAAAGGUGUGCUGUCCCAGGCUGCCUGGCCUCCCAAAGACAUCGUCCACAGACCCCCACUGGAGUACCUGGACUGGAUCAGCCAUCUUCCCAUGCAGAUCCAGCAGGAGGUGGUCCACUUCUCCCUGCCGUGCAGCAUCCUGGUGCAGAAGGAGAAGUUCAUGGAGGGUCCCGGCCUGUCAUACGUGGUCUUCUCUCAGGCUGUCUCACUGUUUCCCGGCUCCGCCUUCUGGGCCAUCAUCUUCUUCCUGGCUCUGGUUAUCAUGAGCCUGAGCACCAUGAUAACGCUCCUGCAGGGCAUCAUGCUUCCUCUGCAGCACAGCAUCUCCACCUUCACAAAGUACCCCAAGCUGGUACCAGUGGUUGUCUGCUUGGGAGGACUUCUGGGCAGCCUCGUCUUCACCAGCCGCCCUGGCAGCUACUUGGUGUUCCUGAUUGAUGAGCACCUGGUCCCUAUGGUCCUCGUCAUCAUCGUGGUGUUCCAGAACUUUUCUCUAGCUUGGGUCUAUGGAGCCAAGAGGUUCAGGGCUGAGAUGUUCGGCCAGCUGGGCCGCCUGGUGUGGGCACCCUUCUCCUUCCUGUGGAGCUACGUGACCAUGCCCACGCUGCUAGCCCUGUUCACUAUCUACUUCCUGAAUCUCUACCACAGUGAAUCCCUCUACUACAUCACCUGGAAUAACAGCGUGAGUCAAGAAGUGAAGCAACCUUACCCGAAGGUGACCCUGAGCUGGGUCACCUUCCUCAGUCUCCUGGCGCUGCUGCCCAUCCCCGUGUACCCGCUCCAGCACUGGUGGUACCUGGACGAGAGCAGCUGUGAGCUCUUAGAAGACCCCGUGUCCCCCAAAAGGAUGGUGCCGGAGCCCAACAGGGCCACCCAGUGGCCCUUGCAACACCUGAAGAGGUCCACCCUCAGAAGCCUGAACAGAUCCAAGUCUUCAUUCCAAGGCAGGAGCACCCCAGAGGCCUCAUUCAUCCACCCCCCAAAAAUGCUGAGAAAACAGGACAGUGAUUGCUACUCCACCUUCAGCUGCCCCGGCGGCUCGCUCCCAUCUCUCCCUGAAGCACCAAGGCCCACUGUCCUCCCAGCAGGCCGUCUUGGCUUCCACAGCCCCGGACAGAGGGAGGGGCCUGUGGCUCUGAGGGAAGGCCUGUGA